GGAGCAUCUACUACUGCAAGGGAGGGAGAGGAAACCCCGUUUUCUUCACAGAGGACAGUGAUCCAAUCACUAUUGAAAAAAGAGUUUCCAACAAAGCAGUUGUGUCCCUGGAGCCCAGCUGGCCUCUGAUAUUCAGUGGCGAGAAGAUCACUGUUAGAUGUCAGAUUUAUUUAGGUAGACGCACUGAGUGGGAGUAUGAGUGGAGCAAACCCGACUCAAGCACAGUUCUGGCAAAUAAUGCAUCCAUCAAUCUUAAUGCAUCUGUGAUCAAGUGGAGCUACAGGAAGGAGACUAUUGGUGCAGAGGACGACGAGGCAACCCAGUUUACUACACAGACUACACUGAACUGUGAGGUUGAACAUCCGUCUGCAGGAGAGUAUCACACUGAUCACAGUCAACCAAAGUUUGUCUGGUCUGCAGAUUUAAAUUCAGCAGCCUCUCUCACAGUCAGUCCUAACAGUGUGCAGCACUUCAUCUUUGAUUCAGUAUCUCUGAAUUGUUCUGGAAACUCUUCUCAGUGGAGAGUGAUGAUAUUUUCUCAGGAUGGAUACCUGAGAAAACUCCGGGAAUGUGGAAACUGGGGGACAGAGACCGAAUCCACAUGCAACAUAUAUCUUCUCCGGUACUACUGGUACCAAGAUCCUGUGUACUGGUGUGAGUCUGAAUCAGGACAGUUCAGCAAUGGAAUCAACAUCACUGCACAUUUUACUGGUGUGAUCCUGGUGAGCCCUGUCCAUCCAGUCAAUGAGGGGGACUCUGUUGCUCUUGGCUGCAAGUUGAGGACAGGAAACUUAAAUUCCACCAUUAGAUUCUACAAAAAUGGGAAACUAAUUCAAAAUGAUGACAGACAAAAGCUAAAUAUCCCUGCAGUGUCAAAGUCUGAUGAAGGCUUCUACAAGUGUGAAUAUUCAGGGGAUGAGUCACCACAAAGUUUGAUGUCAGUAAAAGCAUCCAGAUCUUCACUUUCUGUCUCUCUAAUCAUGGGGCUGGUUAGUGGUGUCUCACUGAUUCUCCUGCUGUUCCUGCUGCUCUGUUGUUGGCACAAAAAAUCAAAGGGUACACUUUGUAUCAGACCAGCCCAGUCUCAGGAAACCAGUCAGACUGCUGCUACAGUUCAAACUAUGAGCCAGGAUGAAAAUCAGCAGCAAAUAUAUUCCUCUCUUGUUCACGGUGACAUGAACGUCUAUGAGUCAUGUAGACCUUCUGAAAACACUGGUGGACGGACAGAUGACUACAAAAAUAUCUCUCUUCAGCUCAGAAGUGUCGAACAGAGGGGAAAGCGUGAUGAUCCAGAGGAAACCUCUGACUACCAUAAUGUAGAUCCAAACUCAGCUACAGGUCCGUAAAGAGAGGCACAGCAUCAACAAAACAAGAGAAGGUGGACCACAACUUGAAAAAACAAACAAAAACAUUAAAAAAAAUUAAUUCUUAAACUUUUGAACAUCAACAUUUUUAUACAGCUGGAUAUUAAAGUCGAGUCACACCGUGAUCCUGUGGGCAAAAGUUGUUAAAGCUAAGUUAAGAAGAGAGGUGACAGUCAGUGAUAUGGCAGCAUGUGGCUUCAUGCUGAGAAAGAAGUUUAAGGAAGGUCAGAGGGAGCUUCACUGUGUCUUUGUGGAUCUAGAGAAAGGAUAUGGUGCCAAGCGUGUGGGGUACUGCAUGUGGAUGUCAGGAGUAGCAGAGAAGUAUGUGAAGGUGGUGCAGGACAUGUAUGAGGACAGUGAGACAGCAGUGAGGUGUGUGGUUGUAACUUAGCAGUUCAAGCUGGGGGUGGGAUUACAUCAGGAAUCAGCUCUGAGCCCCUUCUUGUUUGCAGGGGUGAUGGACAAGAUGACAGAUGAGGUCAUGCAGGAGUCUCUGUGGAUUAUGGUGUUUGCAAACAACAUUGUGAGGUGUAGUGAGAGUAGGGAGCAGGUGGAAGAGAGGCUGGAGAGGAGGACGCAUGCACCAGAGAGAAUAGGAAUGAAAUUCAGUAAAAGCAAGACAGAACACAUGUGUAUGAAUAGGAGACAGUUUAACAGUGAAGCUGCAAGGAGUAGAGGAAGUGAAGGUGGAUAAGUUCAACUGAGAGUUUCAAAGAGAGUGCAGCAAGGGUGGGUAAAGAGUGGGCAGGGGUGAUUUGUGACAUAUGGACAGCAGCAAGAUUGAUAGGGAAGGUUUGCAAGACUGCACGACAUUUUAUUUGUAAAUGAUCAAUUAAUAAAUAUAUCAAAUUUAAUUUAAUAUCAAACUAAAGGGAAAUUACCAAGACACUUCCAACUCUAACAAUACUAAGCUCCUAAGUAUCACAAUUGUACUGGUGACCAUGUCACAUGAUCACCAGUAUAAACAUGCUCAUGAGUAUCAUGAUGAGUAAUUCUGUGUGUAAAUAUAUAAGAAACAUAUAAAAAUGAGCAAGUUUGAAUUUUGUAGAAGUGUUUUUAUAAUGAAAAUAUUGUAUAUAUUUAUAAAGUGUAUUAAGUCGUUUUUCACAUUGUACUGUAUCCCAUUUUUCUCAUUUUGCUUAAUCGCUUUUCUACUAAAAUAAUAAAUAUUAAAUUACUUAAAUGUUGUUGUAGGAAGCUCCAUUUCUUGCACUACUCACUCUAUCACAGUAACAUUUAAAACAUUUUCUGUAUUUCCAACCAUGUUUUUUUUUUCCAGUCUUGGUGACUUAUGCUUUGUGUUUGAUUCAUUAGAUUACAAAGCAGGACAGGAGGUUUAGAGAGAGCCUUGAGAGUCAGCCCUUCAAACUGUCACUUUAACAGGAAAUAUAUUUCAGUUGAGGUUAUUGUUUUUUUGCAAGCUUCUGCCAGUAGAAACUGUGCUACUGUUUUCCAUAGACAAAGGAAGGGGAGGGAGAGGUGGUGUGUUGAGGACAGCAAGAGAGGAAAGACAAGAGUUUGAAGAAGAGAGUAGGAACUUUAAAUGGAACUCUGACUAGAAAAGGAAGACCGCAAGGAGAUAUGAUGGAGGAAGGUAGAUAUAUUGUACCCCAGGAGGACCACCUGUGUGAGCCGACUCAGCCUCGGACACUGAGAACAACCAAUGCACCAGCGGGUGAUGUUCUGAGAGAGGUGGUCUAAGAUCCAACCUGACACAGACAAACAGGCACACACAGUCACAAACGUGCAUUCCCACCCUCAUGCACACAUAUACAAAUACUCGCACACACAUGGAGAAACACAGAAAUGAACACACUCCCCUUACAUACUCUAUACAAUAACUGUCAACUAUAGAGCUUUUUGAAGAAACAGUAACAAUAAGUUAAAAAAAUAGUUUUAUUUGCCUGCAGGGCUCAAGGACAGUCACCAGCUUUUGGAGAAGCAGCCUCUUGAUUCUCUAGUAGACGAGAAACCAUAUCCAGCAUUGAAAACUGGUUGUGGAUGUGAGGUUUUUAAAGUAUUUAAAGUGUAGACAAUAAACUGUUUUAUAAAUGUGGCUUGUACUAUUAACUUUUAAUAGUCAUUAAAACUAGAAAAGUGCUGCAGAAAACCCACUCGGUGGUAUUUCUUCUGAAACAGAGAUGUUAUUUGAUCCUGAGCUUCUGACUCUUGCCAGAAAAGGGGAAACACCCACUGCCCAUGAGUUGUGCUGUUUGUACUAAGUGGGUGUGCUCUGUUAUAUAUAUGUAUAUAGAAUAUAUAUAAAAAGAUGUGCAUCAGGAAACCAAACAAGAAACACAAAUAUAGCAUUCAUACGGUGGCUCUGUUUGCAGCUUUGCUCUCCAAACAUCAGACUGACAGUGUUUUGUAUGUGGUCAGCUCAAACAGGUGUAAAUUUUGGAUUUGCUUUAAUAGUUCUCAGUUUAUAAAAGAGUCAUGCAAGAUAACCUAAACACUUCACAUUUAAAAGUUGUAAUAAAAUUGUGAUCUUAUUUAUACCCUAAGAAGGUCAUUAACUCACUAUUGAUCGUGUGCCUCAAGAAAUGAGACACAUCAUUACCAACAGUUUUUUAUUUAUGUUACAUUUGAGUGUCUUUAGUUUGAUAAUGUCUGAAGUUUCUGUCUUUAUUGUAGUGCUCUGUACGCUCCUCUGCAGUGGACACGCUCAAGGUGACUGAACAGUUUUCUUUUUUCUAUUUCUUCCUUUUUAUUUAAUAAAGAUUAUUCUCAAGCUGUAUGACUCUAAUGCAGAUCAUAUUUGUGUUUCUAUUUAUUUAUUUCAUUUUAUGAGAAUAUAAAUAAAGUAUUAUCAAUCAAUCAACUUUCAAUUCAAUUCAACAAGACUACACAUUAGAAAUUAGCUCUACAGGUCACAGUGGUUAAUAUCAGCGUUCUGGCAGAUGAAGUUUGUCAUUUUAUACAAAGAUCAGUAAUGCUGUCUUUAUAACUGUAUUAGGUAAGUCAUCAGUGAUUAAUAAUGUGAUGAU